AUGGUUCGCCACAAGAAAGACGGCUUCUCUUCCCGGGGCAAGCACUCUCAUCGUGGACCUCCCCGUGGACCUCCGCGAAACCCUCGACGGACCGAAUCCGACGACAACAAUGCCGCCGGCACUGCCUCGUCACAACCCCCCAGUGAUGCCUCCUCGUCCAGCUCCCGCCCCGCGUUCAAGGCCGCCUGCUGGGACCUGGGCCACUGCGACCCCAAGCGGUGCUCGGGCAAGCGGCUGAUGAAGCUGGGCCUGAUGCGCGAGCUGCACCUUGGACAGCGUCACGCGGGCGUCAUCAUCACGCCCAACGGGAAGCAGACGCUCUCUCCCGCCGACCGCCCGCUGCUGGAGCAGUACGGCGCCGCCGUGGUCGAGUGCUCGUGGGCGCGCACAAAGGAGGUGCAGUGGUCCAAGGUCGGCGGCAAGUGCGAGCGCCUGCUGCCCUAUCUGGUCGCCGCCAACACGGUCAACUACGGCAAGCCCUGGCGGCUCAACUGCGUCGAGGCUCUGGCCGCCGCCUUCGCCAUCUGCGGACACCUGGACUGGGCCACGCAGGUGCUCGCGCCCUUUUCGUACGGCUCGGCGUUUCUCGACAUCAACGCCAGUCUGCUGCGGAGGUACGCCGCGUGCGAUGACGAGGCGGCCGUCAAGAGGGCCGAGCAGGAAUGGAUGGAGCGGCUGGACAGGGAGUACGCUGAAAGCAGGGAAGAAGUGGAUUCCAACGACCUAUGGGCCGGGGGCAACAUGAACAGGAGAGCACCGGUUGAGUCGGACGAUGAGGAGGAGGAAAGUGAGGGUGAGAGCGAGGAUGACGAUGACGGGGAUGCAGGAGGCGAAGAUGAGGACGACGAUCGGCAGAGCAUAGACGGCAUCUACCUAGGGAGCAAACCACCGCCUGCAGGACAAAACGAACAACCACAGGAGCGAGACCGCUAUGCUCUUCCGCCCGACAGCGAAGAGGAAGAAGACGAUGACGCAGAAAUGGAAGCUAUCCGCCGUAAGAUCCUUGCUUCAAGACCCUUCUCCAACCCCGAACCAGAUGAAGCCACCAAGAAGGCAUUAGAAACCAUACCACGACCUCAGCCCCAUCAAUACAAACCGGACUCGGAUGCUGAGCCAGACUCGGAUAACGGGUCCGACAAUGACGAGUUCGACAGCAUUAUGGACGCCACGCCUAUCACUGACCGUAUCGGCCUAGCUAAGCUAGAAAAGGAGCGCGCGCGGAUUACAACGACCAGCAGGACAUUCUCAUCUGGGGGAGCUUCGGCGCCCAGGCGAUGGUGA